UCCAUAACAAGUUUGAGACUGUUUAUCAGGGCCAGUGGUCAAAUAUUCAUUUUAGUGCUCAUUGUACAACAAAUAUUUGAUCACAGACUCCUGCGACUGAUUGACCAGUCAGAAUUGAGUAUUGCAGAAAGAUGUGUAAUAGUUAAACAUAAAUGUCUUAUGAUAGAAUUCUUUUUUUUUAUUAUUCUUUGUUGUUGUAGACAGAGGCACAGCAGUAUAAGCAGCAGUUAUCUGAGCAGAGCGAGUAUCUGAAGAGGGUUCAGCAGAGCAAAGAGCAGCAGGAUCAGCAGAUCGAAGACAUGAGACGUCUCAUGGGCGGCAUGGAGCAGGAGAGCUCCACCCUCAGAGACCAACUCAUGACCAGAGAAGCCGAACUCCUGCAGCUGCGCGAACUGAGGGAGGAGGGCCAUGCAGGGAGGGAGAGGUUAGAAGAGGUGGAAAAGGAAAACGCAAUUCUGAAAGAGAAGAUUCAUCACUUGGAUGACAUGCUCAAGAGUCAACAGAGAAAACUACGGCAAAUGAUUGAACAGCUUCAGAACUCGCGAAUGGUGAUUCAGGAGAGAGACAGAGUGAUCAGAGAGCUGGAGGAAAAGGUGGCCAUGCUGGAGGCAGAGGUCAGUCCACAGGAUAUAAACAAACAUCUAGUGGGGAUUCACGAUUCUCAAUGAUUUCGGUUCUAGUUC